CUAUAUCGAUUUAAUUUGUAUACUUUACUGUAGCCUUAUGUUUUCCAGUUCACACUGCUAUUAACAACACAGCUCACACACACAUAUAAUGGAAACUUAAUAAAAAAUUAAAAAUAAAUAAAACUGAUUUGAUAAACUACGUCAGGUAUUGUUGUUUCGGGCGGUGGGCUGGAACUAUCCUUCAAAAUGUAGUUCCUUUUAGUUCCAUGGAAACAUCAGAACAGGUUAUUUGAAAAAAUUUGAUUCCUAGUUUUCUUCUUGUUUCCUGCUUUGGGACAUACCGAUCGCUGUGAAUUCUGCUGUAACCACCAAUAUACACAUCUCAAUCGCUAGUGUUUGAAAGCGACCGGUAUGCUAAUUAUAUAACAAAAAGACUAGUUACAGAAUCAGAAAAGCAGAAUAAAACCACAUAAAUUAUAAAAUCUAAAUGAUUUGAGACAAAAUAUGGCCUGGUAUGCGGUAUUCUACUGUAAAAUAUGUUGCGGCAAAAGAUCAAGCACAGAACUCGAGUACAUCCUGAUCUCAUUAGUUGAAAACUGUAAAUUCUCAUGAUGCAAUGCUAUUAUUUGAAGAUAUUGGUAUGUAUUUUAACCACUGAAGCGUUUUCCAAAUGCACCGCCCAAUAGACUGGCAUACGGUUCAAAAUAAGUACACAGAACGCAUCAACGCAAUACCAGUUCUCACUACUACACAUCAACGGGACAUACUAAUUUGCGUUCGAUUUCGGCAGGGUUGACUUUUAAAAAUUCAAAUCUCGUAAACGAAGUCCACUUUAUGCAAAUGGUGAACGUCAAAAAUCUUAAAAAGUUAUAUAGAAUCAUAUUUGCACAAAAAUGUUCGAGUGAUAAUCCAUUUUUAAAGUUACUUGUUAUUCUUUUGCUCUCUCAGUCAAUCUCAGGCACUAUAACAUAAUAAUAACUAGCUGAGAAGCGUAUCCUGCAAUGCAAUUGAUCAGUGUUUGUUCCGGAAAUAAGUAGGAUCUUAAGUUGAAUUGCGCACACCCGUUUACGCCGAAAUAAUGACAAAAGGAAACAACUUGAACACAGAUAAACGGCGACGCAAAAUUCAUUCAGCAUGUAACAGGAUGUCGUGCGUUGUGUUAUGUUUUGACGUGCGUCUGUCGUUUGAUUUAGUGCAGUACGUAUUAGCACCAUCACAUCUUAUAAGGAGUAGGCGAUCAACAUUGUUUUUAUCAAGUCAUACUAUUUAUACAAUUGAAUAAAACUAUUUCAUCUAGGCCUCAGUGGUUUUCAAAAUUUUGAGCCGCGCCCCCCUUUUAGAAUUUGUCAAGUCUCGCAGCCCACCUGAAAAAAUAACUAGCCAACAAUAGCUACAAAUUACAGAUGUCCAAAAUGAGGAAAAGUAAAUAUACAAAAAAGAACGGGCAGGAUUAAAUCUAACAAAUAUGUAUAUUUCUGAUUAGCUUCACACCACAUAAAAAAAACCUCUGCAACCCCUCCAUUGUGGGGCACUUUUCACCGUUUUAGAACAGCUACAAGAGAUUUACAAGUAAAAGUCUUUUUAUGCUAUUCUGUAUCUAUUGCGGAAGACGAGGAGUAAGAUGUUUGUACAUAUUAAGAGAUUCUUAUUCAUUGCACGUGCAAAAUGCAUCUUUGCAUCUCGAGACGUUAGCAAAACGCUUCCCUAGUGAAUAUGCAUGUUUCAUUAUAAAUAAGACUGACAGCAAGUAUUUGAUGGUGUUGGGGAACCUUUAAAAUAAAUUGCAGAUCAAUCGUUAGUGUUACACACAGGAAAGCGUCUUCCGUUCGCUUUUAUAAAUGUUACGUGAGAUCGUGCCGUAUUUCGUGACCGAUCAACUUCAAGUCUCUUUGGAGUGAAGAGAUCUGUUUUAUUCCGCAGAUUGCAAUCAUGAUGAAAGGAAAUAUUUUAAAGCUUUGCCUGUUCUGCCUUAUUUCAGUUAUAUUUUAUGAAUUGAGGCAUUUCAACGUAGUUACUUUGACUUUUGAGCAACAUGAUGGAAAAAGUGAUCGAAGAGCAGAUAAACAUUCAACAAGAAACAGUGAAUGGAUCCAAGCAAUAAACCGCAAUAUGGAAAAGGCCGAACAACGAAAACAUCGCUUCCCCGACGUUAUUGGAAUAGGAGUACAAAAAUGCGGUACUCGAGCAGUGCACAAUUUUUUGCAAUUUCAUCCUUAUAUCAGAGCGUUGAAGUACGAAAGUCACUUUUUCGAUCAAAAUAAGAUUGAGGGAUUGAAUUAUUACAGGCAAAUUUUACCCACAGCUGCAGAUCAUGAACUAGUGAUGGAAAAAACACCGGCAUACUUUCGCACACUGUCUGACAAUCUACCUCAAAUAAUGCAUCAACUGAUGCCAAAUUUAAAAAUAAUUAUCAUUCUAUGCAAUCCAACACGACGGGCCCUAUCAGGAUUUGUCAUGGCGCAAACUAGGAACAACAAGUCUGAAAACUUCGAUUCAUAUGUUAAGGGCGUUUCACUAAAAAAUUUGUCAGAAAAUGCGAACAAAGUACAGCCACAACAUAUUUAUAGAGGGAUAUAUCAUGCAAACAUGGGUAGAUGGAUUAAUGAGUUUCCUGAUUCUCAUUUUAUCAUCAAUGGAGAGGAUUUUUUAGUAAAUCCUGGACUAGUGAUAGAAGAAUUGCAAGAUUUUCUUAAAAUUCCGAAACUGCUGCGCCGAGAGGAUUUUUUUCGAAACGAAACAACUGGUUUAUUCUGCGUUAAAAAAUGGUGGGAAAAGGAAAUGGUUUCUGAAAAUUGGAGCGAAAAAUCAAACGUGGAUUCUCGCUUAUUACAUAAAGGCAUGACUCGAUCUAAAGUCGCUUUACCUCAAUUUUCAAUGUCGAAUAAUACCAGACAAGUCUUGAAUGCCUUUUACAGACCACACAACGAAAUUUUAUACAAAAUGUUAGGAAGAAAUUUCGGAUGGUAACGUUAUCUUUGAGUUGUUCAUUUCAGCUUUUAAUCUACUACAUUAGGGAUGUGCAACCUUUAAAUCAGGAGGGCCAGAUACAAAUAACUGGGUAAAACCUCGGGCCUCACUUUUAUCAAACAUAUGCUAUAUGGUAGUUGCAGGCACUAAAAUGUUGGCUAUUGAUCUUAUGACAAGGGUUGUUCGCACAAGUUGUGCAAACAUUGUAAAGUCAUAGGCAUAGAUAAAUUGGACUCAAGUGUAGGUUUCGCAAUGCAAAGGGAUUGGAUUUACUUUCACGUACCAAAUUAAACUAAAUUGAAAACUCGUUUCGGGAGCUGCACAUCAUUCGAAAUUGGCACUUCUCCGCGAGGCGCAUAAAUUUUCCUUGGGGGCCGCAUUCGGCCUGCGGACCUCCGGUUGCAUACCCCUAUACUGCAUAAUAUAGGCUAUACCUAACUUUUAUGUCGAUUGAAUGGUCAAAUUUUGACAAACUUGCAACGAAAAUUAUAUAAGUUUCAACCAAAAAA